AUGCACUUCAUGAUUCAGAAUAUUGAGAAGACAGCUCUGCUCUCUGAGCAUGUUAAUCUGCUUACUGCUGAGAUGAAAUCUGAGACAGUAGAUCAGAAAAUGCAGGAUUUUGAAGUACAGAUUGAUCUGACUGAGAAGAAGCAGCAGAAACUCUUCUCUGAGAAGAUAGCAAAGAGAGAUUUUGAGAUAAUUAUCAUUUCAGAUGAGAAGAAGAAGAAGAAGAAGAAGAAUAAGAAGUGA